UCUGUCAUAGCAAAUUUAACCUUACUUUUAUAUGUUAGAGAAAAUUGUGUGGAAAUUAAUAUAAUUUUUAUGCAUUAUGAGUGUUAUAAAACGAGAAAACUCUGAUACCAACGAUAAUAAUGCAAGCACUACGCCAGAGAUAAAUAAAUCUUCCAUGGAAAUAUUAUCCGAACUAUUUAGCACGUUUGAUGCCGAGUUUCCUGUUAUUGUUAAGGAAGAAAAGAAGGAUAAAACCGAGGAGGGUCAUAAGAAAAGUAAAAAAAGCAAAAAGAAACACAAACAUAAAGAUAAGAAACAUAAAAAGAAGAGCAAGAAGCGUAAAAGAUCCAGCAGUGCUUCAAGUUCUUCAGAUAGUUCGGAAGUUGAUUUAGCUCAGAUACUGAUCAAAGAAGAAAAAGAUAAAGCAGAUAAAAGAAUUAAAAUUGAAGGAACGUCUAUCUCUUUAGAAAUUCCAAAUCGCAUUGCUGAACUAAAAUCUAAAUUAAAAAAUAUCAAAGACAAAUUGGCAGUUAAAGAAGAAGCCAACAAAGAUGAAAUUAAGUACGAAGAGGGUGAGGUAUCUGAUUUGGAAGCCUCAAACACGGAAUACAAAGCAAAAGAAAUAAAGAAAGAAUCCAAGCAUGGAAUUAUAAAAAAGGAAAUUACUAAACUGAAAACUGAAGUAAAGAAAGAGACAUCUUCAGAAAAGAAGGAAAAAAUCAAGUAUGAAGAUGGUGAAAUAACUGAUUCGGAAGGUUCAAAGAAGGAAUACAAAAGCAAAGAGAAAAAGAAAGAGUCUAAGUCGAAGAAACGCAGUCAUUCCAGUAGAGACAGAAGCCCGAGUAAAGAAAAGGAGUUAAGAAAAGAUGAUUUGAGACAUAAAGUGAGAAAACACAGUUCAAGUGAUUCACAUAGAAGUAGAAGGCAUGACAGAGAUAGAGACUCACAUAAUACUGAAGAUUUACAUAAGCAUAGAGACAGGCAUAAGAGUUCCUACAGAGACAAAAGUUAUGAUACUUAUGAAUCAAGAAGUAGACAUAGGGAAGAGUAUAAAGAUGAUGGUUUUUAUAGACAUAGAGACAAGGAAAGGUCAAAAGAUUCAGACAGAGUUAGUAAAAGUGACAAGUGGUUUAUGAGGGAAAGGUAUAGAGGUUAUAGUCGUGACAGAUCAAGAAUCAGAGAUAAUGAAGAGUCAUCGUCGUCGUCGCGCAUCGACAAGAAAAAGCUCUUGGAAAUAGCGCGUAGAAAUGCCAUUACCAUGAUGAAGUCUGGCAGUGUUCCCGGUGCCCAAAAUUUGGGUUCAAUAGCUCAGGAAAAAAUGAUAGCUGCUAUCAAGUCUGGCGGCAAAACGAUAGAAGAACUCACUGAUUUCUGUAAGAGCCUGUCAAAGAAAGAGCAGUUGGGGGAACUGUCAAGUUUGUCUGAGAAAGAGGAUAGUGACAAUGACGAGCCCUUCCAUCAUCCGUUUUUGAUUAAAGACAGACCUACGAGUAUAACUAUGAAUAUUAAGAAUUCUGUACCGUUACCCACAAAAACGACUCAGGAAAGAACCACAGAACUAAGAAUGCAGUUCCCGGUGAGCAGCGGGCAGCAGCACCGCGUCAACGAAGAAUGGGUUCCAGUACCAACACCCAAGAAACCAGCCGCCGCCGCCGCUGUCGUACCGGAACCGGUGCCUAAACCUUCAGUGGAGGUACCGUCGUCUGCACCUCUGGCAUUGCCACCUCCUUUGCCUGCUGAGGUACCUCUGCCUCCACCUCCAUUGCCUAAAUCCUUUCCGGAUAUGAGCGUGGUACCUUUAAAUACCAUGCCCGGACCCCAAGUUUUUCCUGCAGUUCCUGAUGUACCAUCAAUGUCGUCGCAAGUGGAUAUAAGUUCAAUAGUUUCCCAAAGAUUGACCGCAAUGAGAAAACUACAAGAAAAUCCUCAUGAUUCCCAGGCUUUGACAGAAAUCUACAGAUCGAAUAAGGAGGUACAGUCGUGGGCGCAAAGUAAACAGAAUUUUGGCCAGUUUACGGGCACAACCGGUGCUCAAAUACUGUCCCAGGCAGAGUUAUCUUCCGGCUACCAAGCUUGGGCUAAGAAGGACCAACUCCAAACGGCAGCUCCGGUAUCUGGAGGUAUGGGCAUGCACCUGCUCCAAAAGAUGGGCUGGAAACCCGGAGAAGGCCUGGGUAAAGAGAAAACGGGGACUCUAGAACCUUUGUUGCUCGAAGUGAAGCUGGACAAAAAGGGUCUGGUGGCCGAUGAGGAGCAGAAAGGUGGGAAGAAAAAGGUUAAAGGCCAGACGAUGAAGACGCUGCAAGGGAAGCAUCCGGUGUCGCUGUUGGGAGAGUACGCCUCGAAAAGGAAGCUGGGCGCGCCUCAGUAUCUUUUGGAAUUUGAAUGUGGACCGGAUCAUAAAAAGAACUUUUUGUUUAAGGUGAUCCUCAAUGGUGUAGAAUACAAACCAAACGUAGCCAGUGCCAACAAAAAAGAAGCAAAAGCCAAUGCGGCUACCAUUGCUUUACAACAAAUAGGCCUGUUAGCGUAGACUGAUAUCAGGUUGUAAUUUUCACAUUUUUUCUGGAAUGAUAAUCUUAAUAUUUUUACUGAAAAUAUAAAAAAUGUGUUUUCUUAUUUUAAAUAUGUAGACAAAGUCUAUUAGUGAACUUUUUUAAUUUGUUAUAGAACGUGAUUUAAAUAUAUUUUCUAUCUUAAAAUGUGGUAUAUUAGUUAUCUCUUGUAAAUAAAAUAAGUGAAUUUA